AUGAAGACUGCCUUAAUUUUGCUCAGCAUUUUGGGAAUGGCCUGUGCUUUCUCAAUGAAAAAUUUUUAUCGACGAGCCAAAUCAGAGGAUUCUGAAGAAAAUGCGGUCUUUAAGUACCGACCACGAUAUUCUCUUUAUAAGUAUGCUUACUUUUAUCCUCCUCUAAAACGAUUUCCAGUUCAGAGCAAUAGUGAUUCAUCUGAAGAAAAUGGAGAUGGUGAUAGCUCAGAAGAGGAGGAGGAAGGAGAGACUUCAAAUGAAGAAGAAAACAAUGAAGAGAAUGAAGACUCUAAUGGCAAUGAAGAGGAAGAGUCUGAGGCUGAAAACACAACCCUCUGGACGGCGACACCAGGCUACGGAGAGAUGACACCAGGGACAGGAACAAUAGGCCUGGCUGGAAUCCAGCUUCCCAAGAAGGUACUACUUGCUGGGGGCCACCCUCCAAAAGAAGAGGAGAGUGAUGAGGAAGAGGAGGAAGAGGAAGAAAAUGAAAACGAGGAAAACGAAGCAGAAGUCGAUGCCAACGAGCAAGGCAUCAACGGCACCAGCACCAACAGUACCGAGGUCCCCAGCCACGGCAGCAACGACGCAGAUAACGGAGAUGAGGAAGGUGAGGAUGCCACGGAAGGCGCUGUCCACUCAACGACGGUGGCUGCAGAGCAGACCCCCACCUCUGCUGCCCCCCACGGGGGCUUCGAGCCAACCACCCCGGCCCAGGACGUCCAGGGGACCCCCACCACCUCUUUGGGGGAGACCACCACCACUGCUUAUGAGGACGAAUAUGAGCACAUAGGCACGAGUGAGUAUGACAACGGGUACGAGAUCUAUGAAAACGAGAACGCAGAGCCCCGUGGGGACAACUACCGAGCCUACGAGGACGAGUACAGCUACUAUAAGGGGCGCAGCUAUGACGGGUACGACGGCCAGAAUUAUUACUGA